UAAUUCUUAAAAACGAAAUCCUCCCAUUUUACAAAACAUCGAAGUCGAAUUGAAUUGCAAUACGUUCAAGAUCGAGAUACAUGGCUAAGUCUUCCAUAUUCAUCCUCUUGGCCUUGGCCGUUUGUUUCUUCUCCUUCUUCGUUUCCACACACGGCAACGACCUGAAAAACCGCUUCGUCGUGCAUGGCACAGUUUAUUGUGACACAUGCAACGUUCAAUUUGUCACUAAGAUUAGCGAACCCAUGGCUGGUGCCAAGGUGAGACUGCAGUGUGUGGACUUUGCAAAUGACAAGAACAUAACGUUAAGCAAGGAGGCGACGACGGACGAGAAGGGUUCGUACAGUAUCGAGGUUGAUGGCGACCAUGCCGAAGAAGAUUGUCAGGUCACUCUCAUCUCUAGCAGCAGAGACGACUGUACCAAGUUGGACAGUGACAAGCAUCUGAACCAAGCUGCCAAAGUUAGCAUCACCAACGACAAUGGCCUCAUUCACAGUCCUGAUCGUCUCGCCAAUGCUCUUGGCUUCAUGAAGGACCAGCCUCUUGCUGAGUGUGCUGAAGUUCUUAAAGAUCUCAGUUUGAACCCAGACGGCACUGAGAUUGAAGAUAAUUCCUGAACAUGAAAAUUUGAUCACUUUGAUCCUUCCUUACUUCCUUGCUUCAAAUUAAAGUUGUUUAUCCUUUUGCAGUUAUACGUUUGAUAAUAACUAGGUCGGCUCUGUGUGCGUGUUACAUUAAUUGCACAGAGUCUGAGGAAUGAGUCGAAUUUGUUAUAGAUUUUGAAUUUUUUUAUACCUAUAUAUUGAUGAUGGUGCUACUGCUGUUUCUGUG